UAAUCAUCAGGGCACUGAUGAUCAGUGUGCCCUGAUGAUCAGUGUGGCCCCAGAAGUGCCACCUGUCAGUGCUCAUCAGUGCCACGUGCCAGUGCCACAUAUCAGUGCAUACCAGUGCACAUCAAUGCCACAUAUCAGUGCCCAUCUGAGCUGCCUUUCAAUGUCACCCAUCAGUGCCAGUCAGUGCCACCUAUCAAUGCCAGUCAGUGCCACCUAUCAGUGCCAUGCCCAUCAGUGCCACCUAUCUGUGUCCAUCAGUGCAGCCUAUCAGUGCCCAUCACUGCAGCCUCAUUAGCGCACAUCAGUGAAGGAGAAAAAUCACUUAUUUACAAAAUUGUAUAA